AUGAUUGGCGCAUGGUUGCUCGGUACCGGCAGAGCUGUUCAAUUUGCUAUCGACACACACGUGGUUUUAGUUGAUCGUAUCAUGUCCCAGCUGUGUUUGAUCACGUCACAAGACAUACUUCAACAGUCAUUGACUAUCUCUAUAUGUAACGCAGCACUGUUAAACAUUAUUUUUGCGUUGCAAUAUGGGCAUGAGCGCGAGAUAUCCCGUACGAUAGUACUUUGGAACAUACUGAUGACUAUUCUUCGAGAAAUUGGAUUCUUUAGACCCGAGACAGCAUGGCCAGACGAGAGGAAAGGCUAUUUUGCACCAAUGCGUUACGCAAAACUCGGGCAACGGCAGAGACUCGCAUACUGCAUGUCCAAAUUAGAUGCCUAUAUAAGUGUCCUACGAAACAAACCCAUGACAAUCUUUCCAGAAGAGCUGCACUUUCCACUCCCUUGUACGCUUUCACUAUGGAACGCAAAAGAACUUCAGACUUGGGAAGAGCGCCAGAAUGACGAGCCAACUUAUCGUAAUUCGAAGUCAAUGCUUAGUUUGAUUGCGGACAGCCCCUUGAACGCUGAUUCAACACAAGAACAACCGAUGCUUAUCGAAGAUAUCCACCUGUUCUUGUGUGCGAUACAAUCCGACAUCUGGAAAUAUUCUCAGAACACAUUUUUUCAGACAGACUGCCGGAGCAACAGUGUCCUCCGUAAAGAUAUGUUGAGAAGACGCCUGGAUCGACUCAAAUCGAGACUAGACCAAAUAAUAGGUCAAGUUAUUUCAUACUCGAAGUACAAUUUGCAACACAAUGAACCUCUAAUUUUUCGAUAUUACUAUGGCUCCGAGGAUCAUAGCCUGCCUAGCUGUCACGAUGCUGUCACGACUCGAGUUAAAAGCAUGCUUUUCGAUGCCGUCAUGCUUCACUCCCUCUUGAGUAUGCAUCUAUCGGUUAAUGUUAACAAGCUCAUCCAAAUUGCCAGAGAUCAACGAUUGAGUACCGUCGAGGAGUUUUCUGAAGCUCAUCGCCUUGCCAGAGAGCAGCGACGAACGUCUAUGAAUGGGUGGGCUUCAACAACAGCAGUUAGGUUUGCAUUGUGUCAGUCUGUCGAUGUCCUCGUGGCCCAAAGAAACCUCGGAAACGGUUCUGGGACACCAGCAAAUGUCCAAGCCUCGGAUCCUAUACGCUACGCCGCAUUGUGUGUCAGCGCUCUCACAGUCUGGACAUUCUGCAAAUUUUGCGACCGUGGCUGCGAAAUUUGUGUUCCGGGAGCUAACCCAGUUGUUGAUUUGACAACAUGGAGUAUGCCCGGGUCUCUGUUUGAAAAAGAGAAGCAAGCUUGGAUUGAGAUGGGCGACCAAGGCCUGAUGGUUCGGCUGCAAAUACAAGGUAUACAACUUUGCGGUUGCAAUACAGCGUCUCUGAUAGAUCUUUUUCAAGCUUAA